AUGUCUCAACCUGCCCUCAACAAGAUCGCCCACAACAGCCCCUCGAGGCAACAUCCCUCCGAGUUGGAAACGAGCAUCGCAACCGCUCUCUAUGAACUCGAGACCAACAUCCCAGACCUCAAGGUCGCUUUGAGACCGCUCCAGUUUGUCUCUGCUCGCGAGACAUCAAAAGCUAACGAGAUUUUUCUCUGCGUUCAGCUCGAAGUUGGCCACGGCAAGCGCGCUAUCGUCGUCUUCGUCCCCGUCCCCCUGCUCGCAGGCUUCCACAAGGUCCAACAACGUCUGACCCGUGAACUCGAGAAGAAAUUCUCUGACCGCCACGUCUUGAUCCUCGCCUCGCGCCGCAUCCUUCCCCGCCCCAAGCGCUCCAACCGCUCUCGCACCAGCCAGACCCAGAAGCGUCCCCGAAGCCGCACUCUGACUGCCGUCCACGACGCCAUCCUCGCCGAUGUGGUCUACCCCGUUGAAAUUGUGGGCAAGAGAUUGAGGACCAAGGAGGACGGAAGCAAGGUGUUGAAGGUCAUUCUGGAUGAGAAGGAGCGGGGUGGUGUGGAUUACAGACUCGACACCUACUCCGAGGUGUACCGAAAAUUGACUGGGCGGGUUUGCGGUUUCGAGUUCCCCAUGAGCAGCGCCACCGACUUCUAG